CCCGCCUCCACCUGUACACGGUGAGCGGAAGCAAAGAUGGCGGUGUUUCUGUAAUGCGGGGCGGCUAAUGACCAGCGUAAACACGCAUAGAUAAUACAAAAACACACUUUACAGCUGUAGAUUAUUAUAUAGUUAAUGACAUAUGCGUAUAUAUUUACAGUUACUAAAGUGUAGCUGUUUGUAACGCAGUGUAUUUCCGCUGUAGUAUUACACUGAUAAUGACAGAGCAAUAACAACACAGCCGCCCGCGCGCGCAGGCAGGAGGGCAGGAGGGUAGGACAGCAGGCUGACAGACGUGCUCUAGACCAGAUUUUAAUGUUCUCCUGGGUUUCAGAAAUGUGUUUCAGGUAAUCUCGACUUCCUGAGUUCCUCGGGUGCCAAUCUUCGGCCGUCUUCUCCUUUUUUGUUGCAAUGUCAUCCACCGCAGACGUCUCAGCACUCGACAACCUCUCCGUGUCCUCACUGCUGUCUGGGGAGCUGGAGGAUGGGAAAGAGGGCGAGGACGGUGAGCUGGGGGACCUGGAAGUGAACCCUUACGAUGGCUUGCCCUUCUCAUCGCGUUAUUACUCCCUGCUGGAGGAACGGCGCACUCUGCCCAUCUGGGGAAUGAAGUACAAUUUGCUAGAGCUGCUGGAGACACACAGCAUGGUGGUGCUGAGUGGAGAGGCUGGCAUGGGCAAGAGUACACAAGUACCUCAGUGGUGUGUGGAGUACGCGCUCUCUCUGCAGUUUACUCAGGGUUUAGUUUGCUGCUGUCAGCCGUACUCAGCAGCAGCUUGCAGUUUGGCCAUUCGUGUAGCUGAUGAGAUGGACCUGAGUCUGGGGCUUGAAGUUGGUUACAGGGUCCCUCACGAUGACGGCUGCACACCAGACACUUUACUACGCUUUGUCACAGAUGCACUGCUGCUGGAGGAGAUGAUGUCGGACCCCCUGCUGCGGCGCUAUGGCGUGCUGGUGGUAGACGAGGCGCAGGAACGCACCGUGGCCAGUGACGUCCUCCUGGGCCUGCUGCGUGACGUGUGCCGGCAGCGUACAGAGCUUCGUGUGGUGGUACUCGCUGCGCCCCCUGUGGCCAAUACCAUCGCAGACUUCCUGGGCGAAGAAGUGCCUCACCUCAAAGUCCCCCCUGCACCAGACCGGACUGUUGCAGAAACGCUGUACAGAGAGCCACCGGGUGGCAGAGACCCGGCCACAGCCGCAUGCCACAUGGUGCUGGAUCUGCACCGACGAGGAGAGGAAGGAGAUAUACUAGUCUUCCUGCCCAGUGCACAGGAAAUUGGUGAUUGUGCAGCUCUGUUGGAGAAGGAGUGUGUAGCUCUGAGCCCACAGCUGGGCGCGUUGCGGGUUCUGCCUCUCCACACGGGCCUCGGUGCAGCCGCUCAGCACGUUUACACCGCAGACGGAGAUGACAGCCAAGCUGAAACAAAAGAAGAUGAGAAGGCUGGACCAUGCUUAAGACGCAGGGUCAUCCUUUCAGACACUCUGGGAGAAGCCUCGUUCUCUUUGCCCAAUGUUCGUUACGUCAUUGAUACAGGACUUGAACUCAAAACCGUGUACAAUCCACAGAUUCGAGCUGACUCCCAGGUUCAGCGGCCAAUCAGCAAACACCAGGCAGACACCCGCUGUCAGAAGGCGAACAGCACGCUGCCGGGAGUGUGUUUUCGUCUAUAUUCCCAAUCCCUGUAUGAGGAGGGAAUGCCUGAAGCUCGGUGUCCCGGAGUAGCCGAGGCUAACCUCAGCCACCUGGUCCUCUUUCUCAAAAGACUGGACAUCGCUGACAUGGGCCAGUGCAAGUUCCUGGACAGGCCAGCUCCAGAGGCACUGAUGCAGGCUCUUGAGGACUUGGAUUACCUGGCUGCUCUAGAUGAUGAUGGCAACCUGUCGGAGGUGGGCAUCAUCAUGUCGGAGCUCCCUCUGGAGCCACCGCUGGCCAGAGCCCUUAUCGCAGCCUGCGAGUUUGACUGUGUCAGUGAACUUCUGACCAUCGCUGCAAUGCUUACUGCUCCUUCAUGCUUUGUGACUCCUCCACCCAAUAAAGAGGAAGCAGCAUUAACGCACAGACGCCCCCUUUUGCACACAGAUGGAGACCAUCUGACCCUCAUUAACAUCUACAACGCCUACCUACAGCAUAAUGAGGAUGAAGCCUGGUGCAACACUAACUUCCUGAAUGCCUCUGCAUUGCGAUUGGCUGUGGCUAUAAGGGCGGAGCUACUCGAGGUGAUGCAGCGAAUUGAAUUGCCCGUUUCACCACCUGCCUUCGGCUGCCAGGACAAUACUACUAAUAUAAAGCAGGCUCUCAUCUCUGGGUUCUUCCUUAAGGUUGCCCAUGAUGUAGAUGGCUCAGGGAACUACUUACUGCUGACGCACCGGCAUGUGGCUCACCUGCAUCCGUUCUCCUCGUACCUGAGCCGCCGGCCACGUCCCAAUCCUCCUAGCUGGGUCCUGUAUCAUGACUUCACGAUCUCUCAUGACAACUGCAUCCGCACCGUCUCUGAAGUUCAUCCACACAUGUUGGUGGAAUUAGCCCCGCAGUACUAUUUGGAGAACCUUCCUCCCAGUGAAGGCAGAGACUUAUUAAUGGAUAUCAGACAGAGUCUUUUUCCGCCAGAAGAACAGGAGAACGGCGAGGCUGAAGACGAAGCACGUGGAGCGCGAUCAGGAGAGCAUCGAGACCAGAACAGUACAGAGAUGUGUGUGCUGCAGUGAUGCACUCAGGGGUGUGGCCAACCCUAACUUUGCACUCUGGGAUUUCUUGAGUUCAAUAUAUUACAUAAGUGAUAUAGAGUCACUCUUUUUGGGUUCAGUGGAGCACAUAAAAGCAAGCGGUGAGCAAGAUCAAACUAUGAUGUGCUCUGUGCAAAUUCAACUUUACAGGUACACAGCACAGAAUCUGAACAGAUUCAGUUUCAGUUAGUUUCUUUCAUUUUUGCUAUGAAGUGCUUGCUUUAGUACAGGCAAGCUCAUAUGAUGUCAUUUGGAUCCUGGUUAUGCAGGAAAAAAGCAGAACAUAGAGAUACAUUUAAAUACUGAAAAUGUAUCAAGCAAUAAUGAGCGUGAUGUCAAGACUUCAGCUCUUCAAACAACUACAAUUAGUAAUAUUUAUAAUUCUUUCUAAUGGGUCUUUAGUGUGCUUCUAAUUUCUAACACUACACUUAUUGAGAUGAGAUUUCAGCUUCAUCCGAUCUGAUAUUUUAAACCAGACUGUAUGUUUUGUGUAUUUAAUUGUGUAUUGUGAAUAGAUGAGAUUUGAGUCCUUCCCUUGCCCUCUUUUCACUGAUGUAUAAAGUAUUUUAAGUAGAAGAAUAAUUCUGGGUAACCUGAGCCUUGAGAACAGACUUAAGAUUGAUCUCUGGAUUCUUCUCAGGGUUGUUUACACAAACCCUCUUUUUUGAACAAUGCUUCCAUUUUGUUGGCGAAGGACAUACUCUUUGUAGUCUGUUUUUAUCUUUUUCUGAACAAUCCUGUGGCCACUUCUGUUAAUUUAAAGAGGUUGUGUGUGUAAAUUAAAGGUGUAAAUACUUA